AUGUCAGGACAGGAUCCUUCAUGCCUUGACAAGGGCAAGACGGUAAAAAAGCCUAGGAGGCAGGCCAAGUACAUUAUUAGAGUUCCUUCGACGAUACCAUUUUCAAGUGCCAGUACUCCACCAGACGUUGGCUCCUCACGUCCACCACCCUCUUCUACGACGCCCACACCAUCUGUCUGGCCCACACCUCCUAUUAUAGGUCCCACUCCUUCAGUUGUAGGGCCCACACCUCCUACUGUAGUGCCCACUCCUUCAGUUGUAGGACCCACACCAUAUAUUCAUCCCUCUCCUUCUAUCCCUACGCCAUCUUCUAUACCAUCUCCAGAUGUACACCAGCUAUUUCCUAAUCCUGCUGAUCCUAUUGAUCCUACUGAUUUGGGUGAUCCUACUCCUCAUGAUCGACCAUUCAUUGAGCCAUGUGGAAAAGGGUUUCUUCCUUCUAGAGUUUCUUCACAGGCCAUCACUAGGUCUAUUAAGCAACAAUUUCUUCAGCUUUGGGCAUCAUGGCGAGUAAUCCCUGAAGAUGACAAAAAACUGUUAUGA